AUGGCUCCAUCUACCCUUUUCGCAUCGGCCCUGGCCGUUGCUGGUGUUCUUGCCGCUCCCCAAUCAACGAGACUAGAUUACCGCACUAUCGACCCGGCCGAGCCGUCUGUGUUUGAGCCUUACCCGUACAUAGACAACACUAACACUACUCUCAAUGGUACCGCGGUCCCCGCACACGUCGACUCGGCGCACUUCCGUAUCUACCUCGGCACUUCUACCACCGAGGCGCAGGCCAUCAAGGCAUUGAAUCCCCUGGAAGCCGCCUACGACUGCUUCGUGGGCAAGCUUGGCUUCAAGUCGUCAGGCCUGAACCAAUACGGCACUCCCGAGAAGGGCCCAUACUACAAGACCGACUUUUCAAUGGUUGACACCCUCCCCAACGGCGAGAGCUAUUCUGGUUUCGCAUCAUACAGCACCACCACCGGCCGCGCAACGGUGAGGAUAAGAAACGGUAACCUGGAAUACCCGUAUCUAUCUGUGCACGAAUGGGGCCACGUGCUGCAUUGGCACCAGGGCCUGAACAACGCCUGGGCGCGCAUCCCCAACUGCCAGCCCUGGAGCGAGGCCCUAGCCAACUGGGUGGCCGACGUCUACCUCACUUCCGGCGACGACCUGUGCGGGACCUCGCGCACCAAGUUCAACGCGUCGGGCGGCGACUCCAUCUACGACCCUUACAAAGUAGUUGGCAAAUCUUACCUAUCCCUCAUCGACGCCACCGACCGCACCACAGGCAACCCCUACGAGGCCUGGCCCUUCUUCCAGUACCUCUUCCAAAACCCGGACAACUACGAGGGUCUGGGUCGGGACGUCGUCCCCGCGAUGCUCCGCGCCACCCCGGACGUGGGCACCGACGAGACGCCACUGCACGCCCUGCAGCGCGUGAUGGGCGACUCCCGCAAGGUGCAGGACGUCGUGGCCAAGUACUGGGCGCGCAUGGCCAACGGCGACAUCGGACACGAGGCCAUCGGGAGGGACACGCUCCAGAACAAGCGCUUCCUGAACAUGGAGAACUUUGGAAACCCCACGGCGAACGGCACCUUCAGGGUCAACGCGGGGAAGGGGGCGCAGUACAUGGGGGCCACCAUGGGCAAGCUCGUCAUGGCGGAUGGGGUGACCCACGCAGACGUCAAAGUCACGGCGGUGAAUGCGACAAUGGGCUUCACGGCCAUGUUUGCCGUGCGCGACUCGGCGACGAGCAAGGUGCGAUACCUGACGCUGGAGAACGGCUCAGGUUCCGUCGACCUUGCGUCGACCGAGGAUGCCACCCUCGUCGUGGUCAACACACCCGCGACCCUGCUCAAGUACAACGCGGGCAUCCUAAACAUGACUGAGGCGGCGAGGCCGCUCGAUUUCUCCGUCUCCAUGACAGGCGCCACCUUUGACAAGUAUUAG